UCUCUCAGUUCAAGAUGAAGUUCCUCCCUUUGUUCGCUAUUUUCCUGAUCCUCGGAUGCUCCUCCUUUUGUAAUGGAGCUGCUGUGACCAAGCCAACGGGACAACCUGGUUGCCAAACGGCAGAAGAACUGGAGGUGGGAGCAUAUCCUCAUUUCUACCUGAAGAGUGCCUACUGGGUGUGUUCCACCCAGGGUGUUCCGGCCACGCUCGCUCAAUGCCCUGUGCCCACUGCCUGGUUGGACUCUGCCAAAGCUUGUGUUCCCUGGCCGCAAUGGGUCUGGUCACCCACUGUUCUGCCACCAAGUCAGCCUGAAACAGUUGCCUAGAACAUAUUUGAAAUGGUUACAAAAUAAAUGAAAUCUUAAGAAA